GCGCGACCCGGCAGUCGCGCGCGGAGCCCCGGCCGGCGCCAUGGCCGAGUCUCCGGUCCGGGCCUGGGUGCAGGGCCCCGGCGUCGGGCGGAAGGCGUUCUGGUGUGCCUCGGCUCGCUGCUGCGUCCUCGACCUCCUCCGCAGACACUGCCGAGAACAGGAUGUUCCUGUGGAGUGCUUCUUUGUGAGGUGCAAUGGGGUCCUCGUUGGUAAUGGAGAUGCAGUGCAGCAUGGAGCUGUCUAUACCCUGGAGCCCAGACUUCGUGGUGGGAAAGGAGGUUUUGGGUCUAUGCUACGAGCUCUUGGUGCUCAGAUUGAGAAGACAACCAAUCGAGAAGCUUGCCGGGAUCUCAGCGGACGGAGGUUACGAGAUGUCAAUCAUGAAAAAGCCAUGGCUGAGUGGGUGAAACAGCAGGCCGAGCGAGAGGCUGAGAAGGAGCAACGGCGCCUGGAGCGGCUGCAGCGCAAGCUGGCUGAGCCCAAGCACUGCUUCGCCAGCCCCGACUACCAGCAGCAGUGCCACGAGAUGGCGGAGCGCCUGGAAGACUCUGUCCUCAAAGGUAUGCAGGCUGCCUCCAGCAAAUUGGUAUCAGCUGAGAUUGGUGAGCCUCGGAUACGGCCCCGCAGAUCAAACGCAGACCAUGGAGCCCCUGCAAGGAAAAGGAAGUGCUUGUGGUUGGGAAUGGAAAGCCUGGAGACGGCGGAAGUGUCCUCAGACGAGGACAGUGAUGCAGCACCCACUGCGUCAGGACUGAGCUGCUCCUCUGCUCCAGCAAGUGGCAGUGGCAGCGCUGAGACGGCAGCCGAGCUCCCCUGCGGUUCUCAGAGCGUGGGAAUGCCGAGCGCGGGCUCCGUGGCGCCGGCAAACCCCCCGAGUCAGAUGGCUGACCCCGCGGAGGACAUGUCGGGAGACUCCUGCACGGGAGAGGCACCCUCCGCAGAGGGCAGGGUGGAGGAGUUGGGUAGAGAAGCAGAGGCCACCCCGGGGAGAAAGGAGACAGAGCCUGCAGGAGAUACAGCUGUCACCAGACUGGCGAAGGGUCACGAGGCAGAAGAAGUCACUGAUGGAGGCAGGCCUGCCGUGGUUGAGCCUGAGGAAGACAUUCCCAAACUGGAGGAGGGCCAGUCGGGACACACUGGUCCUGGGCAGGAAGUGCUGGACUUGUUGGCCUUUGGCAGUGCGUCGGAGCUGGAGCUGCUGGGGCUGGAAAGGCUCAAGAAAGAGCUGACGGCGCUGGGGCUGAAGUGCGGCGGCACCCUGCAGGAGCGGGCGGCCCGGCUCUUCGCCGUCAGGGGGCUGGCCCGGGAGCAGAUCGACCCGGCCUUAUUCGCCAGGCCUUCGAGAGGAAAGAAGAAAUGACUGUCACCAGGGCUGUCCUGGGUCAUCGGCCACACAGCCUGCCAGCUGUGGCCGCGUGGCGACCGGUCGUCCCCAUGACAUUAAAGCCGACGCUUCAACACCUCCCUGUUCCGAUGGCACGCAUCGAAUCACUGUGAGAAACCACAUUGGGACCUGAAGUUCUCUUUGUUGGAAGUUUUGUAUAAAAAUUUUAGUGUCUUA